ACUAGCAGCAUCGCGAGACCCACACACACUCUCACUCAUAGCAUCAUCACUGCUCUGCUGCACCACAGAGAGAGGCACGCUGAGCAUUCACCCUCUUUCUCUCUCUCUCUCUGCUCCUUCCUCUACUGCGCACUCUCUCUCUGUUCACCUUGGCUGCUGGGUGGUGUGGAGUUAUUGUUGCGUCAGAACCAGAGAGAUCCAGACAGCCAUGCCGGGGGAGAGCUCUCACAGAUCUGUCCCCAAAGAAAGACAUCCGGAGCUUGGAGCAGAGCAGACAGGCUUGCCUGAAACAGACAUGACCAGACAUGCCUCCACUGACUCCACUCCUAGUGACAGUGGCUCCACCCCUAGUGACAGCGGCUCUAGUCCCUCCCCCAGCACCCCUCAGAAGCUGCUCCCAUCAUGCACCUCUCCUUUUGGGCCGCGGCUGGUCCGGGCCACGCCCAGCUCGUCCGCGACCCCGCGACCCCAGCCUGAAGGUUCCGACCGUCGCCACAGUAACACGAUCCGGCUUAGCGGGACGUUUGGAGGUCACGGACCCUGUGGACGUCGCAGCGGACCCGUGAAGAUGGAGAGAAUCAAGGUCCUGAUGGGCUCAGAGGUGGAGAGCGACUACAAGGAGCCAGAGAACAUGGACACACGGGUGGUGAUGGGCCAGGAGGCCCUGCUCAAGACCAAGAAGACCCUGACAGGGAAGUGCCCUUGCAGGCAGAGCAGCCAGGCGAUACCCCUGCCCGGAGGCCCAGUCUUGGAGGUCCCUAACCCUCCCUCAGAAGCACAGGCAGAGGCUGGGGAAAAGGCCCAACUGGACACAGGGCAGGAGAAAGACAAUUCACCUCUGACCCCAAAGAUGGAGCAAGAGCAGGAGAGAAUCCCUGUCCUGCCCAUUAGCCCUCUCCUCACCCCUCUCCUAACCCCCCUCAUCCCUGCCUCCCCUCCCUCCUCAGAGCCAGUCACAGUGGAUGUUAGUUUGACGGGCAGCUCAAGCCCUUUGGAGGCAGGGCUGUCUCCCUAUGGUGAAAUGUCUUUUGUUUGUUCCAUGUAUGCCAUGCCCUCCCUGUCCGAGCCAGCCUAUCCCCCUGCUAUCCUGUCCUUCUCUGAGCCGGUCUAUGCCGUGGACCCUCUGAGAGUGGGCGUUCCCUCAUCCCUGGAUCCUGACCUGUACUACACCGCCCCCUCCACCCCCAUCAAGAUGGCUCCUCACCCCUCAUACCUCAAACAUCGCUCUUACCCCGGCUCCCCAGCCUCUCCCCUCUCACAAAACACCCCCUCGGACAGCGAGGACCUGUGCUCCCCCCUCACCUCCCCCUCUGGCUCCUACGUCACGGCGGAGGGGGGCAGCUGGACCUCUUCCACCUCCCCCUGCACCUCCCCCAAUCUGCUCCUGGCAGAGGAGGUGCAGGAGGCACCUGCAUGCUUUGUCAGCUCGCUGUCUGAAAUCGGAGAUGAGGUGGGAGAGGAGAGGGGAGCUGUAGGGGAGAGGGCAGAGGAGAAGGGAGGAGGAGCAGCAGAGUGGCGAUUCUGCCUUUAUAAGGGUCUAGCAGAGACUGUGAUCCUGGAGGAGGAGGAGGUGCUGAGAGGGGAGGUGAGUGGGGGGGGGAGUGAGGAAGCGACAGUCUCAAGAGGUAGCUGUCGCCCCCGCUGGGUGACAGAGGACACUUCCCCAUUGAGGAGCAGCAGCGGCAGAAGCACUGACUCCCAGGAAGAGGGAGGGGAGUCGGAGGGCUCGCUCUGCCCAGCAGAGGAUGCUCUAGCUGGGGGACAGCAGUACUCUAGUCCCCUGCUGCAAAGAGGCCUGGAGCUGGAGCUGCAGGCCUGUGUGGCUGAGGAACUUUACCCUCCCAUUACCAACCCAGAGGAUGGAACAGGCUCCCCACGGUUGACCUCCAUGUCCUUCCCCUUCGCCCCAGACAUGGGGAACCUAACCCAUCACACCUCCAGUGUCAACCCUGCCUCCCCCAAACUUCCCCUGGACACCUGCUCUCCAGAUGUGUCAGACGGGGAUAACUCCAGUCCAUACGGAGAGAUGGGUACCUUCCUUCUGUUUCCAGGCUCCUACAGUGAUGAUGGAGAGAUGGAGGAGGAGGAGGAGGAGGAGGAGGAGGAGGAGAGGAUGAUCCCAGCCUCUCUGCUUAACUUUCCCCUCCACACCAGUCUCCUCUUUCAGGCAGACUCCAUGGAGAUCACUCUCUUCCCCACAGAGGAGGGGAAUGAGGGAGGAGAGGGAAAUGACAGGAACGAAGGGAACGAUGUGGAUGCAUACGCGGCCGGAGAGGAGGAGGGGGACGUGGAGGAUGAUGAUGAAGAUGAUGAUGAAGAAGAAGAAGUGGAGGCUAAGGUAGAGAUAGAGGAGGCUAAGGUAGAAAUAGCGAUAGAGGAAGAGGUUGAUGAAGAGGAGGGUGAGGAUGUUGAGGAAGAGGAGGAUGAGGGUGAGGGUAAGGCUGUAAAUGACCCAGCUGAAGAGGACAACUCGGCCUCCUUCCUUCAUUCACUGUCGGAGACUUCCAUCAACGAAGGUCUGGAUGAGUCCUUCUGUUUCCAUGAUGACACUGACGACUCACUAGACUCCGCCUCUUAUAAUGGUGAAGAGGAUGAGCGGCUGUACAGCACAGAGAGACAUGCUGAACCACCCACAGGACCACCCACAGAACCACACCAAGCCAAACCUCAGCCUGAAACUAGACCAGAGGCCCACAGCACUGAACUGUCUCAGUCCCAGAGCAGCCCUAGCCUAAUCAAUCCCCCAGGAGACAAAGAGCCCCGGCCUGAACCACCACAACCACAACCUGCACUUGCACCUGCCCAACUUGCGGAAUCAGCCCACCCCAAGUCCUCGAACAGCGGCAGUGGGAGUGAAAUGGAGACCUCCUCAGAGUUCUCUGACCCUCCUGUCCCCUCUCCUUCUCAGGAGAGCCCUUCUGUCUCUACCCUUACCCCUAAACCUUCUACAACCCCUUACCCUGUCUCGAUUACCCCAAAGACUACCCCUGCUACCGUGUCAACCCCUAAAACCAAGCCUGCAUCUCUCUCUAACCCCAACACUAACUUUGCUCCUGCCCCUAAUGCUAAAUCUGCUACUGUCUGUACCACUAAGACUAACCCUGCUACAGCCUCAACCCCACAAAAUAACUCUGCUACUGCCUCCACCCCCAAAACUAACCCUGCUACUGUUUGUACACUUGAAAUGAACCCUGCUACGGUCUCUACCCCUAACACUAACAGUGCUCUUACCCCUAACGCUAAAUCUCCUACGGCCUGUACCACUAACACCAACCCUGCUACAGCCUCAACCCCCAAAACUACCCCAGGUACAUGCUCUACCCCAAACCCUACUGUUACUCCUAACACUAACCCUGCUGCUACAAUCGAGGAGACAGCGUCCCACAGCAAUCCUGUCACCCUGGCAACAGAAGCAGGGCAAGCCAAAGCAGCUGCAGAGGAAGUACAGGCUGGUACGGUGAGAGAGGAGGACAAAAGGAGCGGUGAAAAGAGAGAGAAAGACAAACAGAGCAGUGGGGAGAGAGGAAAGGACAAACAGAGCGGUGGGGAGAGAGGAAAGGACAAACAGAGCGGUGGGGAGAGAGGAAAGGACAAACAGAGCAGUGGGGAGAGAGGAAAGGACAAACAGAGCAGUGGGGAGAGAGGGAAGGACAAACAGAGCGGUGGGGAGAGAGGGAAGGACAAACAGAGCGGUGGGGAGAGAAGAAAGGACAAACAGAGCAGUGGGGAGAGAGGAAAGGACAAACAGAGGGCUGCGGAGAGAGAGAAGGAUGAACAGAGUACAGAGACUUCAGACGAGGAUCACACAGAGCAGACAGACAGAGACUCAUUCAAACUACUCAUUAAGCCACACCUCUCUAAGUCAGACACACCCCGGCCUAAACAGAAGACCUCUGAGCCCCGUAAGCCACUCCCACGUGUGUUUGGGGUGGCAGCGGCUUCAAUCCGGUCCAAACCGCUUCUGGUGUCAGUGCUGGAACUGGACCAGAAGAAUGAGAACAGCAGCGCUGAAGGUGUGGACUCCCAUCAGGUCCUUGAAGGGACCACUGCCACCAAUGACCUGAACAAGGGGGUCCCUCUGCUCUCGUACCCGAAAGAGCCUAACCCCAGCAACAUCCCUGUCUCCUCCUGCCCUGAGAGCUCACCUGACCUGGCUGACAACCUGUCCCUGACCCCUGACAUCUGCCCAUGUGACCCCGCCCAGGAGAACCUGAGGGAGAACACCCUGAGCACUGAGGACGGGGGCCCUGUGGCCCUGGGCUCCCCUCACACACCUCUGGCUGUCUCUCCCAAGAGGGAGAACUCAGAGACAGACGCCGGAGGGAGGAGGGGGGUUGGGGGCUGGGGGGCAGGGGAGGCCCAAUCUCUCUCUCUGGGGCAGGGCUGUGGGUUGGAGGCACAGAGCCUGUUACUGUGUGAGGUGGAGGGGCAUGCUGUUGGACAGACAAUUGGACAGACGAUUGGACAGACACUCUCCGGGCUGCCCAAUGUCGGCACAGACGAGGAUGAGGUGGAUGAUAUAAUGGGGGACGAAGAAGACAACAACAGCCUGUGUGGUCGGCCAGACAAGAUGGCAGAUGUUGAGCUUGUGGGAGAGGGAGUGCCAGAGUCCAACCUGUCCAGCUGGAGGUCCAUCGAGGAGAUAUCAGAGGCAGGGGGAGGAGAGGACGGAAGCUCCCAAUUCCCAGAGGAUGAUAUCAGCAACCUGCAGAGUCGCCCAGAAAACAAGGAGCAGGAAAACAACAACAAUGACUCAGUGUUCCUAUCCUCUGGAAUGCCAACCUGUGUGACUCUGAAUGCCCUGUCAGAGGAGGUGAGACACCAGAGCCAGAGUGUGAGUCUGAGGGCGUCCCUCUCAAACAUACCACUCACAGAAGUGAGACCACAGGCUGCUGCAGCCUCCGAUAGGCCAACAACAUCAACGGACAGCUCAACACACCAAUCAGACAUAAGACAGGCUUCCUCAUCCAUGGAAAGCCCUGGGCGUGUCUCACCACCAGGGGGUAAACCACAGACCGUUUCAGACCAGAGCUCUGGUUCAGUAGAGGCAGCCAUUUCCAGACCCAACAGUAACACAGAUAUUAACCCAGCAGUCAAACAGGCAGACCUUGCCAUAUCUCUGCUGGGUGGGGCAUUUGGAUCCUUCAGUCAUAAAAUCAGACCAAGCAACUCCAAGUCAGGCAGACUGCCCCAAGAAACUUCCCCAUCAAUGAGGAAAGACACAGUAGAGAAUGUCCAAGUCUCCCAAGAAACUUCUCUCUCAGUGGGCAAAGACACAGUAGAGAAGGUCAAAGUUUCCCAAGAAACUUCCCCAUCAGUGAGCAAAGUCACAGUAGAGAAGGUCCAAGUCUCCCAAGAAUUGUCCCUAUCAGUGGGCAAAGACACAGUAGAGAUGGUCCAAGUUUCCCAAGUAUUUCCCCCAUCAGUGGGCAAAGACACGGUAAAGAAUGUCCACGUUUCCCAAGAAUUCUUCCUAUCAUUGGGCAAAGACACAGUAGAGAAGGUCCACGUUUUUCACGAAACUUCCCCAUCAAUGAGUAAAGACACAGAAAAGAAGUUUCAAGUUUCCCAAGAAAUUUACCCAUCAAUGAGCAAAGACACAGUUGAGAAAGUACAAUUUUCCCAAGAAUGUUCCCCAUCAGUGAGCAAAAACAUAGUAGAGAAUGUCCAAGUCUCCCAAGAAACUUCCCUAUGGGUGGGCAAAAACACUGUAGAGAAGGUCCAAGUUUCCCAAGAAACAUCCCCAUCUGUGAGCAAAGACACAGUAGAGAAGGUUCAAGUAUUCCAAGAAUCGUCCCUAUCAGUGGGUAAAAACACAGUAGAGAAAGUCCAAGUUUCCCAAGAAACUUCCCCGUCAGUGAGCAAAGACACAGUAGAGAAGGUCCAAGUUUCCCAAGAAACAUCCCCAUCCGUGGGCAAAGACAUAGUAGAGAAGGUCCAAGUUUCCCAAGAAACUUCCCCAUCAGUGAGCAAAGACACAGUAGAGAAGGUCCAAGUAUUCCAAGAACCAUCCCUAUCAGUAGGCAAAGACACGGUAGAGAAGGUUGAAGUUUCCCAAGAAAUUUCCCCAUCAAUGAGCGAAGAGAUAGUAGAGAAAGUACAAUUUUCCCAAGAAUGUUCUCCAUCAGUGAGCAAAAACAUAGUAGAAAAUGUCCAAGUCUCCCAAGAAACUUCCCCAUCAGUGGGCAAAGACACAAUAGAGAAGGUCGACAUUUCCCAAGAAACUUCCCCAUCAGUGAGCAAAGACACAGUAGAGAAGGGCCAAGUAUCCCAAGAAUCGGCCCUAUCAGUUGGCAAAGACACAGUAGAGAAGGUCCAAGUUUCCCAAGAAACUUCCCCAUCAGUGAGUAAAGACACAGUAGAGAAGGUCCAAGUCUCCAAAGAAUCUUCCCUAUCAGUGGGCAAAGACACAGUAGAGAAGGUACAAGUAUUCCAAGAAUCAGCCCUAUUAGGGGGCAAAGACACAAUAGAAGAGGUCCAAGUUUCCCAAGAAACUUCCCCAUCAGUGAGUAAAGACACAGUAGAGAAGGUCCAAGUCUCCAAAGAAUCUUCCCUAUCAGUGGGCAAAGACACAGUAGAGAAGGUACAAGUUUCCCAAGAAACUUCCCCAUCAGUGAGUAAAGACACAGUAGAGAAGGUCCAAGUCUCCAAAGAAUCUUCCCUAUCAGUGGGCAAAGAUACAGUAGAGAAGGUACAAGUUUUCCAAGAAACCUCCCCAUCAGUGAGUAAAGACACAGUAGAGAAGGUCCAAGUCUCCAAAGAAUCUUCCCUAUCAGUGGGCAAAGAUACAGUAGAGAAGGUACAAGUUUCCCAAGAAACCUCCCCAUCAGUGAGCAAAGACACAGUGGAGAAGGUCCAAGUUGUCCAAGAAUCUUCCCUAUCCCUAUCAGUGGGCAAAGACACGGUAGAAAGUGUGAAAAAGCUCUGUUCCCAGCCUCAGCCAGAGGAGACAGAGCCACAGACGAUGAGCCAAAGAGAGGGUGGUGGCGGUCAGGCGACUGAUAGGCACAUUGACCAACUAAAGAUGAGCGUGGCCUUAGAAGGGCAGGAGAGCAGUGUUUAUAUUUCAGGGGAAAGUGAGGUGAAGGAGAGAGCAGAGGAGAGAUUCUCUCCAACAGAGAGCAUUCCAGAACCUGCACAGCGUCAGACACCUGAGGGAGAGCUGAGCACAGAGAAAGCCAUCACUCCUCCUCAGCCAGAGAGGAGAGGGAAGCAGAGAAAGCAGAGCAGAGACAGACCCAGUCAGCUGCUCAGACAAUCUACAUCAGGCCCUGGGUCUACUGAUCAACCACAGAAACCCUCUCUCGCUACCAAGACCCUAGCAGACACCUCCCCACCAGGGAAACAAAAGAAUACGAACACGAGGGGACAAAAAUCUGUUGCAUAUACCAGACAGAGGACACCUGUGAAGGGCAAACCUGAAGCAGAGUCCGGGAGGAGAGGGGAAAACAGAAACGUCUCCGUUGCCCCGACUCCCCCUAGUCCUACCAACCUCUGCCCUAUAGCUCCCACUCUCCUAGUCAACCAGGAAGUGAACACGGAAGUGCACCAGAUAAUGCUUGAUAACAGGCCGCUGCCUGGCUGCCAGACAGAAAGCAGGAAGGAUAUCAACGAUAACAAUGUGGGGAGUGGCCAUGCCUCCCCUACAGAACAGAAUAGGUCCUCUUCUCCUCCACCUCUUCCCUCCUCCUCUCCUCCUCACCUCUCAUUCUCUCCUCUUUCCUCAUCUCCCCCACCUCUUCCCUCCUCCUCUCCUCCUCCUCUCUCCCCCUCUACUCUCUCCUCCUCUCCUCCUCCCAGCUCCUUCGUGAUGCCGCCAGAUGAGGACCUCCCCACUCCCAUACAGGAGUCCCAGCCUCUCGUCACCCCACUCCUAGACACCCAGCCUCAAUCAAUCAAUGUUCAGGCAGCCUCUGCAACCCUUUCUACUACCCCUAACGCCCUUCCUAAGCACCCCCCUAUACCCACCGAAAGUGUCCCUAUGUCCCCUACCCCCUCCUCAUUUCCAUCUCCAUCCACGUCAGCCCUGGCCUCAACCCCCAGCUUUACCCAGCCCACCCAGGAGUCUCUGCCACGGCUGGAGGCUCCAACCACAAUGCCUGUCCUCGGCAUCCGCAGGCAGGUCCAGCCCCAACCAAACCUCCUCACCAAGCCCAACAGACAGGUCAAGACAGGUCAGUCACAAAGCCCACAGGACAGAGAUGGGAUGGAUACAGACAGUGAUGACGAUGCCACUGCUGUUCCUCUACGACAUCACAUGACUCAGCCAAGGGGGACUGUGGGAAACCCUUCUCAUAAAGAGUCUGGCUCCUCCAAUCAGCGAGAGAUACUGCUUCACUCCUCCUGCCAAACAACUGAGAGACAGACAGACUGUCCAAUCAGCCACAAGGAUUCACAGGAGCUGGACCUGUCCUUCAAAUACAACUUGGGCUCCUGCAAUGAGUCGGAGAGUGACGGAUCAGUGCCAGAGUUGGAAGAACCAGAGGGGGUGCCACUGAGAUCCUCAGAACCCCAGCCCAUCUCUCCUGCUGAUGAGGGGAUAAACAGACCUAAGCAGAGCCGCAGUGAGAAGAAGGCCCGCAAGGCCAUGGGUAAGCUGGGCUUGCGGCCGGUCCACGGUGUGACCAGGAUCACUAUAAGGAAGUCGAAGAGCAUCUUGUUUGUCAUCAGCAGACCUGACGUCUUCAAGAGCCCCGCGUCAGACAUCUACAUCGUCUUUGGAGAGGCCAAGAUAGAGGACCUGUCUCAACAGGUGCACAAGGCAGCGGCAGAGAAGUUUAAGGUCCCGGUGGAGCCCUCCCCCCUGGCGCCACCUGCACCACCCAGCCUCACCAUCAAGGAAGAGAGCGAGGAGGAGGAGGUGGACGAGGGAGGUUUGGAGCAGAGGGAUAUAGAGCUGGUGAUGGCCCAGGCUAACGUGUCCCGUUCUAAAGCUGCCCACGCCCUCAGACACAACACCAAUGACAUCGUUAACGCUAUCAUGGAACUGACAAUGUGAGAGGACCCCCACCAAGCAUAAAUGCCACAGUCACAUCUGUAUCGCUGCUAUGUUGCAUUCUCCUUACCUGCUAAUAAACAGUCUGUUAUAACUA